AUGGCGGUCAUAGAAUCGGUCAAAGAGGCCAUCGGCCUGGGAGACGGUGCCGCUCCAGCGUCCAGACAAGCAAUGUCCGAAGCCAGGCUACCUCUCGCCUACCGCGACAGCUGCGCAAACCUCCUGAUACCCCUCAAUAAAUGCCGGCACGAGACAUGGUACCUGCCCUGGAAGUGUGAGACCGAGCGACACAGCUACGAGAAAUGCCAGUACGAGGAGUUCAAGAAGAGGGUUGCGAAGAUGGACGAAAUCCGGGCGGCCAAGGCUGCGGCGGACAAAUAG